AGAACAUCAAGCAAGCGAGCAAGAACGGAUCCCGAGAAGGACUAUUACUAUCUCAGCGCUAAGCUCAUCAAAUCUAAGAAGCAAAUAUCGGCUGCGGCCGCAUGCGACGCAUCGGUCGCGUAUCUCCAUGCCGAGACCAAACUCGCCGUCCGAGAUUGGGUCGAUGGCGGGGAAGGACCUGCUACAUCAUGGGUCAAGCGAAGUUGUCCUAUUAGACGAGCAUUCCAAGCCAUGUUCUCAACAAGCCAACUUGGCAUUUGCGCUGACAAAGUUGGUAUGGGCGCACGCAAGAGAUCAGAGCAGUCAAAGUUCAAAGAUGAUCUUAUUCAAUUUUACGGUGCCGCUACAACAAAACCGAACAAACCAAAAAUCAUUGUAACCGUCCACGAUUCCGCUACUGGCUACGAAUUUAUCAAGUCAGGUGUUACCGCCGCACAUUUAUUUCCCUAUAAGCUUGGUCCUGACGUUUUGGUUGCGCUUUUUGGCGAGGAUGUCGAAAGUGAGCUGAUGACGUCACGAAAUGGUCUGCCACUUCAACCUCAUGUAGAGUCGGCUCUUGACGACGGUGCUAUCUCCAUUGUCCCCGACCUACCCGACAACCCCACGACCGAACAAGUAGCAGACUGGGAGAGAAACGAGCCAAAGAUUUACCGAUGGCGUAUUAUCGACGAGGACGCAGAAUCGCUCAAUACGGUUAUUAUCCCCAAGGGCCACAAUGCACCCGAAGAUGGCCACGGUGCACCUAAAGAUAUAACCAUUCGGAACCUGGACGGUCAGAGGCUGUCAUUCAAGAAUGAUGAUCGUCCAAGAGCAAGAUAUCUAUACUUCCUCUUCGUCUUUGCGCAGCUCAAGAUGGCAUGGAGACACGAAUACCGCACUGAUCCCGCCAAGAAGCUGAAACUCCAGCUAGGAAAGGGGUUCUAGGCAACGCGAGAAAGAUAUCUCAACCGGGCGCUUCUCCUCGCUCUCGCCGACGAAAUCGGCCAUGAUACAGCAUUCCCAGAGAACAUCCCGCCUCUGCCCGGAACCGAUCACGAUACCCAACCUCAAGGAGACGAAGAUGACGGCGAGGCUGGACUUGUUGCCAUUGCAAAGAUCAUUGCAGCUCAGAGACGAGGGGACGAAGAGGAAGAAGAAGAAGAAGACUGUCACUGUCACUGUCACUGUGGUGGCUCAGGCUCCACUAGCGCUCCGGCAGUGCCAGACAUUUAGAUACCCACCCCUGCAGGCCUGCACCAGUCGUGAGACUAGGGUGCCGCAGGUAUGCCG